GGAGGCUUCCCGGCUCGCGUUCACAACAGAGGGAAGCCAUGUUUAUCCUGCCGCCCAAAUGAACCUCAGUGAAUUAUUCCACAAUCUCAUUAGAAAAUGGAUGGGUGGAGUCGGUUCACUGACUGGGAAACGGGAUUAACACGUUAUCUACACAGUGUGCGCAUUAGACAAACGACGAGAAAUUUCUCUGCCAAAAGACACUUGUGUAUUUUGAGUAUACCAGUAAAGCGUCUCGGCCUCUUUUGUGCAAUGACUUCCCCGGAGAAGGAGGCUGAGCUUCCUGGUGCGCAGCUUAGCUUUGUCUUUGGGAGCAGUGUUGUCAGAGCGCCGAUCCCCCGCACUCCUCCCGAGGAUGCCGAUCCACAGGAGCCCGCUGAAUGUUAUUCAACAGAGACGCUAUGUCUGAGCAGAUCUCAGCUGAAACAUGUUCCAGACAGUCCUUUGAGAAAUAGCAAGCUAAAGUAUUUGAGUCUUGAAGGCAACCAGAUAUGCAGUAUUCCAGGCUCCGUGUUUAUCAGCUUGCCCAACCUACUGUGGUUAGAUCUCAGGAAAAACCUAAUUGAGUCACUCCCACCUGAAAUUGGCUUGCACAGGUGCUUGAAAACACUGCUCUUAGAAGGGAAUCCUAUCUCUGAACUUCCACCUGAACUGGGAAAUGUGAUUACCCUCAAAGGUCUGAACCUAAGGGACUGCCCAAUCCACUUUCCUCCACAAGAGAUUGUGCAGCAGGGACUCCAGUCCAUCCUUCAGUACCUGAGGAGUGCUCUGGCUCACCGGCCAGUCAGCGCAAGGAAGACCCCUCCAGAGUUGCCAGCAGUGGAGAAACUCCAGCUGUUAGAGCUGAGGGGUAUGGAGGAGCAGGAAGAGUCAGGGGAUGUGGAGGAGCUGCAGAGGUUCAAGGAACUCAAGCAUCAGUUGAUCCUACUGGACAGAGCUGAGCUGGGCUCAAUACCACAACGUGAUAAAAACCUAAACCCCAAACUUCUCCUUUCUGGCAGGAGAAAAAAGACAGCCACCAAGGCCGGCAUGAUUCCCCAGCUCCCCCUUUUUGACUCGCCUCCUUGGAAGAGGCCAGAGGAAAGGAAGCAGGCUGCAAUGAAGGAGUUGAACGAGAAGAAGGCUAUUCUCGAGCAGAAGAGAAAAAGCCAAGUGUCUCUUCAGAAGUGCUGCACACAAGCCAGAAUCUCACAAGACAAGAAAAUGUCUGAGCACAAAGAGAAGAAGCAUGAAAGACAAAAAAGGCGUGAGGAAGCAGAAGUAGAUUCAAAACCUGGUUUUGAGGACAGCAGUGGUGCUCCUCGGACGUCUGGCGGGUGUGAAGGGGACAGAUCGGCCCGGGACCUGGAACGGCAGAUUUGUGCCCGUGCCGAGAAGAUACAGGAGAGGUGCAGGAAUCCCAGGGGCACAGCAAGCGAGCAGAUGGCAGCAGCGAUGGAGGAUGUGGAAGAGAUGAGGAAGUUACAGAUGCGGCUCCUGGAGAGGAAGAGAACUCAAGGACGAGAUCUUGAAAAAACUUUCAUGAUCUUUACUGGGGACACCUGGCCUGGUUUCCUUGAUAAGUGACAGAGACUACACACCUGCUGUUUGAGUUUUUGUGAUAUUUAAUUGAUAUGGAAAUAAAUCAAUAA